UAUCUAAGUUGGUAACCUAUACUUCGUAAAUAUGGGCGAAAGGAGCUUUCGCAAACUGGGCUUGGCUGUGAUCCUGACGACCCUCAUCCUCUACGCCCUGCUGUUUCUGGACACGGAGUUCUACGAGGCCGGCGGAAAGAUACAUAAUGCAUUCUUUGUGAACACCGACGGCUGUCGCAUUAUAGCCAUGGAUGUGAUGAACCCGACCAUUGCCAAGUACACCGAUUGGGAGUGGAAUGACAAGAGGUUCUACCUGAAGUGCCCCUAUCAGACCUGGUUCCGAACGGAGGUGGCCAACGGGGAUUGGUACCUGAGGCUGACCCGCGACAUCGACAGAAUCUUGCAGGAAAGCAAUCUGGCCCACGACUGGCAGAUAAAGUGCUAUUGGUUCCGGAUAAAACUCUUGGGGCAUUGGAGGUCCGUACGUUACGGUCGCACCAAGUUCUCUCUGGAGUACCCGUAUGCCCUGAAAGUGCCCAAAGGACUGAGACACUUGCGAGUCAUGUGCAUGAACACUUUGACGAACAAAACCUUGCAGGAUGAUGUACAUUUCUUCAUCCAACCACCGCCUGAGAAGCUGCUGAAGAAGGCUCCGACGACCUUAAAGUACUGGGACGGGAAGAAACACUCGAGUGGAGGCACUCCCCCCAUUUCUGUGAUGAUCUUGGGCUUGGACUCCGUUUCGCAUCUCAAUUUGCUUCGCCAGAUGCCGAGAACCGUGCGCUAUAUGCGGCAGAGCAUGUCGCAUGUGGAGUUUUGGGGCUUCAACAAGAUCGGCACCAACACCUAUCCAAACUUGAUUGCUCUGAUGACGGGUCUCAGUGAGGCUGAGGCUGAGGCCUAUUGGGUGCAGCAGAAAUGUAUGGAUGACCUGCCACUGAUUUGGAAGAAGUUCAAGAGGGCCGGCUACAAUACCAGUUUCGCCGAGGACAUGGCCCGCUAUUCCAUGUUCUACUUCGGCAAGCCCGGCUUCAAGCGUCCGACUACGGAUAACAAUUUGCACGACUACAUGGUGGAUCUCUAUAUCCAUAGGCGGGCCAGUUCGGUAGCAGAUACCCAUUGCAUGGGCGAAAGGACCUUCAUAGAUAUCCUCCUGGAGAUGAACGACAGGCUGCUGCCCCACACACAGCGCUAUCCCUUCUUCUCCUUCUACUGGUGGGCCAAUGGCUUCCACGAGUUCUUAAACUCCCCCCGCCUGGCGGAUGGAAGAUUUGAGCGAUUGCUAUGCAGCCUCGACGACGCCGGCAUAACCAAUAACACCAUUGUACUCUUCAUGUCGGACCACGGCCUGAGAUGGGGUCGCUUUCGCAGCAGUUUCCAGGGUAUGAUUGAGGACAGCCAGCCGUUCCUGUCCGUUUUGUAUCCCGAUUGGAUGAGAGUGAAGUACCCGGUGGCCAUAAAAAAUCUAGUUGGCAAUGCCCACAGUCUGGUGACCACCUUCGACCUUCACGAGACCUUGAAGCACAUCCUGCAUCCGAGUUCCCUAGAGGAUGCGCCCAUCACGCAGAAGACGGACGAACUGUGGACGCUGAAGGGUUCGGAUACCCCCAGGGCCAUUAGCCUGUUCUUGCCCAUUCCGCCCUGGAGGAACUGCAACACGUCCCAGAUCCCGAGUAAAUUCUGUCUGUGCCACAAGCAGGUACCCAUUCCCGAGAGCAACCGAGUGGUGAUUAAGUCGGCCAGCAUUAUCAUCGAUUACGUGAACCAGUUGAUGGUGGAGUACCCCGUUUGCAUACCCCUUCAGUUGGAUUCGAUCGAGAGUGCCUAUUUCGCGGCUCCCCAUCGGGACAAUGACUUCUACAUCGAGAAGGGGCACAGGAACGCGUAUCCCGAGCAAGGACCCUUCAGGGACGGGCGAAAGUUCAAGGACAAGGACAUCGUGGUGCGCUUGAAAGCCAAGCCGGGCAACGCCUACUUCGAGGGCAUGACCCGCAGACAGGGCAACAAACUCUUCGUCGUCGGAGAAGUGGUCCGCGUUGGUGGCGAUGGCAACCGGAACAACGACUGCAUCGAUAAUCCCCUGCUGGAGCCAUUCUGUCAUUGUGCACUAUAGGUUUUUAAAUGCACA